AUGUCCACUCUUUUGAUGACCACAAUAGUGUGUAUAUCAGUCUUCAUGGUCAUACAAAGGACCAUUCGCUAUCCCCGCGCAAGUACAUCGAUCACUCACUUUUCUGCAGAAUCGGCGCUGUCGGCGGGUUCGCACUCAGAAGAGCAGAUGAGACAGCGCCAACACAACAGAAUAUCGACGAUCCAUUCUUCAGCUGCAGAGCAAGCACUUACCAAAGAGCAGUUGAGAAGGCUCGAAUAUGGUGAAACAAGCUCGAGCCUGCAAGGAGCUGUGAUCCUUGCACAGCCUUUCAACGCACAGCCAGUAGCGCUCUUCAUCGGCAUUUUCUCUGUUGCAGACCAGAGAGAGACACGCGACAUGGCGAGAAAGGUAUACAAGGAUGUCUUGGCGUCUUCCUGGAUGGAUUCGCGCGACAUUGUGGUCAUCCGCUUCAUCCUGGGCCGGAAUUACAACACAGAGGAUACCUCUCAUAUAACCAAGGAGGAGCAAGAAGAGCACGGCGAUUUGAUUAUUCUUGAUUGCGAGGAAUCUAUCAAUCAGGGUAAGACUUGGUACUACUUCAAGCACAUGUCAAAGAAUUUGCGCAUUGCAGACUAUGUUAAUGACACCACCGUGGCGGGGCGCGAGUUUGAUUUCGUGAUGAAGCUGGACGCCGACACAUUUCUGCACAUUCCAAACAAUCUAGAGUGGCUACGUCCCUACGUGGGGACGCCGCGGUUGUACGCCGGCAGUCUCAAUAUGCCAACAGAGCCCAUCAAAUUUCACCAAGGAUCAGGCUAUGUGCUUUCCAGAGAUCUUUGUCUCUGGUGGUCACGGCGCACUUCCUACCCAGGAGCAAAGUUUCGUCAUGAAGACAUGGACACCAGGAUGUCGCUCGAUUGGCUCAACCAUGGAUACGAGCCAAUUGCGAUACUCGACAGUGGCUUCAGAUACUAUGACUUGGGUCAGCGCGUUCUUUGCGAUUUGCUUCCUGCCAAUCUGAGUCGCAAUCCGGCAUAUCUGGAAACCGAUGCUGGUCGUCAUCACAUGCAACAGUUGAUGCGCUCCGACGACUUGCAAGUCCAUCGUUUAAAGACACUCCAGUCAUUUGCAAUUGUAGCUCAGGCAUACCUGCAGACCAUGCGCGAGCCAAGGCGGCCGGUAGUGAAGGCUCAUCAGCUUCAAUUUUGCCAUUAG